AUGACUAUGCACAGCACCUCAUGGAAAUCCAAGGCGGCUGAUAAGCGGGCGAGCACGCUGUCGAAAAUCCCGCCGCAGUGGAGACUGAGACCAGAAGAUAUCGAGCGAGUUGCAAGGGAAAGGGAUUUGACAGGGCUCUUUAUACAGCAAUUCCUGAACGCCGAGGAGAUAUCCAUCGUAUCGAUGGACAGCUUGCCUCUCGUGGAUGCUAUCCGAGAAGGAACCCUCGCAGCAGUUCAGGUCACCACCGCGUUUUGCAAGACUGCAGCAAUUGCACAUCAAAUUAACAACUGCCUUCAUGAAAUCUUCUUCGACCAGUCGCUGGAGCGUGCGGCAUUCCUUGAUGAUUAUUAUUCGAAGCACAACGCAAGAAUUGGACCUCUCCACGGCCUCCCCGUAAGUCUGAAGAAUCAACUUCACGUCAAGGGCAAUCAUACUACUAUGGGUUAUAUCGGAUGGAUUGGCAGCAACCUUGGUAUCAAAGAUCCCAAUGAGAAGCAUCAGGUGCAACGUCAAAUCGUAAGUGGAGAGGGCGCUUUACAGGCACUUCGCGGCACCGCUCUCGGCCUGGGCACCGAUAUUGGCGGCUCUGUUCGCAUUCCAGCGGCAUUCAACAGCAUAUUCUCUCUGAAGCUGACCCCUGAGAGGAUACCCUACCGAGAAGUCGCAAACACCAAUCCUGGGCAGAACACCUAUCGCUCGACAGUAGGUUUUAGGAGCACCUCCCUCGGAGGAUUGGAGCUGGCACUCAAAUCGGUGCUUUCGACACAGCCAUGGCUGCGUGAUCCAGCAGUGGUUCCCAUUCCUUUCCGUCAGGAGAUAGUGGACGAGUACCUCUCUCGAGCGAAGUGGGAUGGAACAGCAAAAGCUUCUGGAUGUGCCCUUAAGCUUGGGAUCUUCUGGGCCGAUGGUAUUGUGACACCUCGGCCUCCCAUCACUCGCGGUCUUCAUGUGGUUGUUGAUGCAGUCAGAAAUGCAGGACACAAGGGAGUCAGUUGGGAGCCUCCCAACCUAACGACCGCCAAAGGAGUUCAUGUAUCUUUCCUCAAGGCUGACGGAGCCCAUGAUAUCCACGCCCAGCUUGAUCUGUCUGGCGAACCACUUAUUCCCGAUCUUGCCACUGCAUUCGGUCUCAAGCCGCCUAUGGGACUGCUGGAGUACCAAGAUUUGACCCUUCAAGGCCUCGAGUACGAGACCCAGUAUUCCGACUACUGGAAUCCAACUGCUGAGGAAGACGGCGAAUGUAUUGUCGACGCAGUCAUCAUGCCAGUGGCACCACACGCGGCCGUCAUCCCUGGAAAAUACUACCACACUGCUUGUACCGAAGCACUGAACCUGCUGAACUACAGCGCUGUAGUCAUUCCUAUUGCAAAGGCCGAUAAAAAUAUUGAUGUAUUCGACGAUAGUUACCAACCUUUGAACGCGACCGACAGAUUGAACUGGGAAGGAUGUAGGUUCCAUUUGUGGUCCGCCUUAGCUGUCAUCCAAGUAGCAUCCAAUGCAGAUGACCCUGAGAUCUAUGACGGAGCGCCUAUUGGUGUCCAGCUGGUAGAGAGAAAAUUCGAAGAAGAGAAAAUAUGGGCCAUUGCGAAAAUAGUCCAUGCCUCGAUGCGGAAGGAGCAAUAA